AUGCUGGCGGCGCGUCACGUGCUGUCCGCUGUUGCCCUCCUGCUGCUGUGCGGGAUUGUGCAAGCCGCUGAUGCGUCAACGAAGAGCAGUACGAAUGGUGCGGAAGAUGCUCUUCUGAAGCUGAAGCAAGUUGAAGAUGGUGCAAGUUAUACGAUGAAUGGAGCAACGCUAAUUGGUGAGAACGCAAAUAUAAGUGCUGAGUAUGUCAUAAAGGCACUGGAGGCUCUGAGGGCUGCAAAGGAGGCGGCUGAUGCUCUUCAAAGCGCAGUUGAAGCGGGUGUUGAUAAAAUCAAUGCUACCUUGGCUCAUGAAAGGGCGGGGGAAGCGGUAAAAAGAUAUAAGAACGCAAAUGCUUUGCUUCCUAGAGCGGCAGAUAAUUCCUACCAGACAGAGAAGGCGGCGAUCGCAGCAUGCCAGAGCGCGAAUAUGACAAAUGAGAAAGCCAAAGGACAGAUAUUGCCUACAGAUGCUUCACUCUCCGAGAAGAUGCGGGCGGUGUCGCAAUGCGCAGACACCACAUUGGCAGAAUUGUUGGCGGUAAAGAAUAAUAUCCGCUCUUCGGUGGAUCUCUUAUUGGCGGCUUGGGAGAGUACAGAAAAAGGAGUGUCACAAGCUGAGAAAGCACGGGAUCACGCUGGCGUCUUGGCGGACAUCAUAAGCGACGACAUGAAAGAAUGGCCUACAGAUGCCAGUGAGGAGAAAUUAAAGCAGUUUGCUCUAGAUGCGGCACGGAGCGCAGACGAUGCACUGAAAAAAACCCAAGAGGUGGCGAAGAAAAAGGAUAUAGAUCUACUGGAGAAGGCGAAGGAAGCCGUUAAAGCGGCUCAGCGAACCUUGGAGGCUGUAGAAGCCGCACGAAGAGUUGCCCAAGAAGCUUCGAAGCCAACCAACACCAAACUUGUGAAGCCACAGACUAUUCAGGGAAGCACUCAACCACCCUUGCAGGAUAAACAAGAAGCCAACGGGGAGGCUGCCACGGACGCAUUGAAUGAAGGGCCUGAAGAGAGCGUUGAGGUUCCUGUGCCGUCAAAUGGAGGACAUGAGGCAGAACGGCGUCGAGACGAGCCAGACGGUCUGCAGGCGGCGAAGCAAACGACUGUGCUCCCUGCAAGUGAGCCCGCUGACAUCGCCGUAACGUCUAAUGAACACACUGGGGAGAAAUCCUCUGCAGUCAAUGAUAAGGAUGAUGCUCCUCUGCUUCCAUCGAGCAGUGUUGUGAGUGCCGUGAUGGGUGGGAGUGGCAGCACAGACGGCAGCGGCACAACAGGGUGGAUGCGUGCGCCGCCGCUGCUGUUGGUGAUUGGGGCGUUGAUUGGCUGCUCGGUUUUGUGA